CAGGGAAUGGGGCAGGGACUGAGCCCUAAGACAGCGACCAGGAGCAGGGAUUAGAGACAAGGACGAUGGAGCUGGGACAAGGGGAAGGAGAGGGGCCAGGCAGGAUGGAAUAGGGAGCCAUAGGACGGGGGUAGGAGUGGGGAGAGGGCGCUGCUGUGGGUCAGUGGGUCUGAGCCGUGUCCACAUGUAGGUCCGGCCAGGGGAGCCCCCAUGGAGCUGCUGGGGGGGCCGGAAUUGGCCGAUCUCAUGUCGUCUCUGCCCGGGUUCCUGUUGGCCGUCACCCACGAGGGGAAGUUGGUUGGAGUCACUGACAACGUGGCGCAGCACCUGGGUCACUCCAUGGUGGAUCUGGUGGCACAGGGUGACAGCAUUUAUGACCUGUUGGAUCCAGCCGACCACCCCCUGGUGCGGCACCAGUUGGCUCAGCCCGGAGCCCCCCAACCAGAGCGCCUCUUCCGCUGCCGUUUCACCACCUCUCGAGCGUCGCGUCGUCCCAGCGCCGGCCGGAAGCUGGUUCUGCUGCGGGGUCGUUUCCAAGCCCCCCCCGGCCCCCCCGGGUCCCAUCCGGGGCUUUUUGUGGCUUUUUGUGCCCCCCUGGACCCCCCGCCCUGGCCUUGCUCUGACUCUUUGCUGCUGCCCGCCUUCGAGAGCCGCCACGCGCGGGACCUCGCGCUGCUCGACAUCUCCGAUAGCGUGCAGAUCCACCUGGGUUACGCUCGUGCUGAGCUCCUGGGCCGCUCCUGGUACCGGCUGCUGCACCCCGAGGACCUGGGACACGUCGCCCGCCAGCACCUCCGCCUUGCGGGUGCAGGAGCGGAGGCGCGGGGGGAGCUGGUGACGAGGCUGCAGCGCAAGGACGGCCUGGGCUGGACGUGGGUCUACACCCGCCUGCGCCCCGAGGGCCCGGCCCUGCUGGCCCACAACUUCAUCAUCAGCGAGGCUGAGGCCUGGUGUCUGCGGCAGCAACUGGCAGCUGAAGCCCCCCCAGGACCCCCAGAUUCCUUUGGUCCCGGCUUUGAUUUCCUUGGGGCGGACGUUGGAGCCGCUGGGGCUCUCGGUGUCGGUCUUGAUGUCGGCCCCGGCGUUGGAUCCGGUGUUGAGCUCAUGAUGGGAGCUGAGCUCGGAGCUGGAGCCGCUGUUGGCCUCGGCCUUGGGGUCAGCGUUGGAGCUGAUGUUGGACACGGAGCCAACGCUGCAGCCAGCAUCGAUCCCGGUAUGGGCGCCGGUGUCGGACAUGGAACAAAUGUGGGAUCCGGGCUUGGAGCCGCCAUGGAACUCGGGGCCGGCACCGCGGCCAACGUUGACCCUUCUCUUGGAUCCGGUGUGGGACACGGCCUUGGGAUUGGCAUUGGGGCCAGCACUGAGCCCACUGUUGGCAUGGACGUUGGCCGUGGCCUUGGCGAUGAUGUUGGACACGGCCUCGGUGCCGACAUCGGCGCCGGCAUCAGGGUGGAUGUGGGGCUCGGCGUGGCAGCAGGCAGCAGCCCCAGCGUCGGUGCCGCCCUUGGGGCUGAUAUUGCAGCCACUCUCGGGCCCAGCGCCGCAGCCGGCAUCGCAGCCGGCCUCCAGACCAGCACCGGAGCUGAUGGAGCCCAUGGGCUUGGAGCCGGCGCGGCUCUGGACAUCGGAACCAGCAUCGGGUCUGGGCUCAGUGGUGCUGUCAGAGCCAGCGUUGGGCUCGGCAUCGGGGCCAUCGGUUCCACUCUUCCAUCCGAGGUCGGUGCCGGAGUUGGACUCGCUGUGGGUGCCAGCAUCGGAACCACCGUCGGUGCCGGAGUCGGUGCCGGUGUCGGACUCGGAGCCAACAUCGGAACCAGCGCUGCCUCCACUCUUGGAUCUACUGUCGGACGCGGCCUUGGAGCUGCUCUCGAAGCCAACGUUGGUUCUGCUCUUGGAUCUGGCAUUGGACCUGGUGUCGGCCUCGCAGUUGGAGCCGGUGUCGGUGCCAGCGUUGGUUCUACGCUUGGAUCCGGUGUUGGACUUGGCAUUGGAGCCGGUGUCGGUGCCAACGUUGGUUCUACGCUUGGACCUGGUGUUGGACUCGCCAUGGGAGCCGGUGUUGGUGCCAACGUUGGCUCUACUCUUGGAUCCGGUGUUGGACUCAGCAUUGGAGCCGGUGUUGGAGCCAAUGUUGGUUCUACUCUUGGACCUGGUGUUGGACUCGGCAUUGGAGCUGGUGUUGGAGCCAAUGUUGGCUCUACGCUUGGAUCUGGACUUGCAGUUGGAGCCGGUGUCGGUGCCAACGUUGGUUCCGCUCUUGGAUCUGAGGUUGAUGUUGGUAUUGGACUCAGCGCUGCAGCCAAUAGCGCCACUCCCCUCCCUUCUGCUGUCAGUGCCGGAACCGCUGUUGGAUCCAACGUCAGCCCCGCUGUGGGCUCAGCUCUCGGGUCCGGUGUUGGGCUGGGUCUCAGAACCAACGUUGGAGCCAGUUCUGCCCCAGGGCUGGAUGCUGGGGCUGGUAUCGGACUCACCGUCGGUGCUGGAGUCGGAACCGGAGCUUCCAGCAUUGGAUCUGCCCUCGGCUUCGCCGUCGGAGCCGCCCUCGGAGCCAACGUUGGACUCGGAACCGACGUCAGCGCCGGUGUUGGACUCAGAACCGACGUCAGUGCCGGUGUUGGACUCGGAACCAAUGUCAGCGCCGGAGUUGGACUCGGAACCAACGUCAGCGCCGGUGUUGGACUCGGAACCAACGUCAGCGCCGGUGUUGGACUCGGAACCAACAUCAGCACCGGAGUUGGACUCGGCCUUGGGGCCAACACCGACUCUGCCCUUCCACCCAUCAGCGCCAGCGUCAGAGCGAACAUUGCGGCCGGUGCCGGAUCCGGCAUCGGGCUGAGCUCCAUCAGACCCAGCGCCGUGGGUCCCGCCGUGGGGCUGGCCGUGGGGGCCAACAUCGGUGUGGGUCUGGCCGUGGGCACCCGCUUGGCCCCCGAAGUGCCCGGGGGGGCCGCAACCGAAACCUGGACGCCCCCCUACACCCCCCGGCAGGCGCCGCCGUUCGCCUUCGGACCCCCGGAGCCCCCCGAGGCCGCCCCUGAGAAACUGCCUCCCAGUCCCGAGAGCCCCGGGGGGGUCUCAGGGGGGACCCCCGGGUCCCUCCUCACUCCCGAGACGUCGCCGCCGCCAACGUCGGCCCCCCCCGGCCCCACUGCUCUGCGCCGCCUCCUGCGGGGGUUGGCGGCCGCCGCCGUCACCACCGCUACGGGGGGGGGACCCCGGCUCCCCAGUGGGGUCCCCAGCCCAAGACCCUCCCCACAACCCCGGUCGCCCCGCGACCCCUUCGCUGAGUUGUAUCAACUCCCCCAGAGCCGCCUUCAGGACGCCUUCCGCCAAGGUAUGGGGCUGGGGGUAACGCGGGGAGCUAUGGGGCUGGGGAUAACGUGGGGAGCUAUGGGGCUGGGGUUGGCCAAAGUCAAUGGGAUCCAGUUGGCCGACAUCAAUGGGAUCCAGUUGGCCAACAUCAAUGGGAUCCAGUUGACCAACAUCAAUGGGAUCCAGUUGGCCAACGUCAAUGGGAUCCAGUUGGCCAACAUCAAUGGGAUCCAGUUGGCCAACAUCAAUGGGAUCCAGUUGGCCAACGUCAAUGGGAUCCAGUUGGCCAACGCCAAAGUCAAUGGGGCCAACGUCUAUAGGGCCAUUAUUGAUGGGGUCAACGCUGAUGGGACCCAGUUGGCCAACGUCAAUGGGGCCAACGUCAAUGGGGCCAACAUCAACAGGACCCACUUGGUCAACGUCAAUGGCCCCCAGUUGGCCAACAUCAAUGGGGCCAAAGUCAAUGGGGCCAACGUCAAUAGGGCCAUCAUUGAUGGGGCCCAGUUGGCCAACAUCAAUGGGGCCAACGUCUAUAGGGCCAUCAUUGAUGGGGCCCAGUUGGCCAACGUCAAUGGGUCCAACAUCUAUAGGGCCAUCAUUGAUGGGGCCCAGUUGGCCAACGCCACAAUCAAUGGGGCCAACGUCAAUAGGGCCAUCACUGAUGGGGCCCAGUUGGCCAACAUCAAUGGGGCCAACGUCAAUGGGGCCAUCAUUGAUGGGGUCAACGCUGAUGGGACCCAGUUGGCCAAUGUCAAUGGGGCCAACCCCAACAGGACCCACAUGGUCAACAUCAAUGGCCCCCAGUUGGCCAACAUCAAUGGGGCCAAAGUCAAUGGGGCCAACGUCAAUAGGGCCAUCAUUGAUGAUGGGACCCAGUUGGCCAACAUCAAUGGGGCCAACGUCAAUGGGGCCAACGUCAAUGGGGCCAUCAUUGAUGGGACCCAAUAG